CUGCCCUUUCUACAACCAUGAACAGAUGCAGCUUCUCCGGGAUGAGAUCCUGGUGGAGGUGAAGGACAUGGAGCAGCUCGUGACCCUUGGGAAGGAGGCGUGCGCCUGCCCCUAUUUUGGGAGCCGCCUUGCCAUCCCUGCAGCCCAGCUGGUUGUGCUGCCCUACCCGAUGCUGCUGCACGCAGCCACCCGACAGGCUGCAGGCAUCCGGCUGCAGGGCCAGGUGGUCAUCAUCGAUGAGGCACACAACCUGAUCGACACCAUCACAGGCAUCCACAGUGCUGAGGUCAGCGGUUCCCAGAUCAACCAGCUUCUCAACGGUGUGAAAACUGUGGACCCUGUUUCUUCCUGCCUCUUGUCCGGCCGGGCUGUUGUUAAAUGCUUUCCUAUGAGUGGCUGA